CUCUUUGAAGCUACGGAAACUCUCAUCUAUUUACAAUAAUGCCGUGUCACGAUUGGAGUUUAACUGGUCUCGUAGGCGCGUUUCUGAAUCUCUCCGUAGCUUAUUUGCUUCUCUGCACAUCGCUUUUUAUACACGUCGUGUUGAGAUCUCUAGGGCUUCUAGGUUUCUCUCUUCCUAGAUUCCACAACGGACGUUUCGGUGUUCCAAACACGUGCAUUGAAGGGGAUCUGGUGGCUUGUGCAUCAGAAAGUAUCUCAUCCGUAGAUAGAUUGAUCAAAAGCAAGAUCCCUUUUGGUUCGAUUACUAGUGAUGAUGAUUCGAAACGUCUUCUUGAAACGAAGCUUGUGAGAAAGAACAGUGGUGAUGUUAGUAAUGCUAGGGUUAAGGACGAAACAGAGGAAGAUGUGUCAAGAGAACAGAAUGCGAAAGAACUCGGUGGAUUUAACCUAAUGACCGUUCAGGGCGUGAAAGGUAAGCGUUUUGUUACACGAAAAUCAAGAAAAGGUCUUAAGAACCCUAGGAGAUGCCGUGUGGAUUACGGUAGUCUUGGAUCGGUUUCUUCAUCAGAAGCUUUUGACGAGACAGUAAAACAUCCUGUAAUGCAGCCUUAUGAUCAUGUCUUUAUCAGACGUUCCAAUGAUGACCUCAAAGAUGAUGAUGUUAAGACAAAAGAGAGGAUUGGUCUGUCUCAAUGGCCGAUACUUAAAAAAACGGUAUCACUUGAUGAACAAGUAAAGUCCAGUUCAUCAUCAGCAAACCUAUGUUUUGUUAGAAAUGUAGAGGAAAAAACUGUGAAUGAAUUAGAGGAGGCACUGAAGCAAGAGCGAGCUGCUCGAGCAGCGGUUUGUGUUGAGCUAGAUAAAGAGAGAAACGCAGCGGCAUCAGCAGCCGAUGAAGCCAUGGCGAUGAUACAUAGGCUGCAAGACGAGAAGGCAGCGGUAGAAAUGGAAGCCAUGCAGUUCCAGAGAAUGGUCGAAGAGAGAUCUACGUUCGAUGCUGAAGAGAUGGUCAUACUUAAAGACAUUUUGAUACGUCGCGAGAGGGAAAAAUAUUUCUUGGAGAAAGAAGUCGAAGCUUAUAGAGAUCUGCUCAUUGAGACAGAGGAAUCUGAAUGUUCUUUACCGAAAGAGAACCAAAAAGAAGAACCUCCUCAAGAGAGAAGAGCAUUUCUUGUUAAAGAACAUGAUGGGACGGUUCUUGACAUGCCUUAUAGAGAAGAUAAGAACAGAUAUUUGUAUACGUCGGAUUCAGAAGUUGCGUACUCACGUGUGCGUGAUGUUUACAUGGCGAAGGAAGAGAAAGAGAACGUGGGGAAAAAGAAGAGUUCAGAAGGAUCUUCUGUUAACAACGGUAUCAUUGUCUCGGGGAUUGCUCGAAAGCUUCCUCCACUGUGUCGUCCACGCAAACAAUCGUUAAGCUCUUCGGGUUCGAGGAGGAAGUCGAUGUCUGCGGUUGAUUAUGAGAGGUUAAAGAUUGAGAAUGAAGUGGAGCUAUUGAGAGAAAGAUUAAAAGUUGUCCAGGAGGAAAGAAAUGAGCUUACAAGACGAGCAUCUCUGCCUCCUUUAUCAUCGAAGGUUAGGGUUACGACAAAGAACCGAGGUUUGAGAAGAUCUUCCAUGGACCUUCAUUCUUCUUAA